GCAUAUUUUUAAAUCCGUUUUCCAAGGUCUCUCGUGCCUCCAGUAUUUUGUCUGGUGACAAGGAGAUCCACCGCGAUGGCUUCUUUACACGAAGCCGCCGAGGCGCAGAAGACGCUCGGCAACGAAGAGUUCAACGAGAAGAACUUUGACAAGGCUAUCGAGUGCUACUCAGAGGCCAUUCGCCUGGGUCCGGAUAACCAUGUCUACUACUCUAACCGCAGUGCCGCCUAUGGCGCCGUGGGCAAAUGGGAGUUGGCCGAGAAGGACGCUCAGGAGUGCGUGAAGCGGAACCCCAAAUUUGCCAAGGGAUACCACCGCCUGGCCAAUGCGCAGCAGCAGUUGGGCCGCAAGAAAGAGGCCAUUGAGACGCUCAAGACUGCGCAGACUACGGCCACGGACACUGAUAAGGUGCCGGGCAUCAAGAAGCUACUACGCCAGCUGAACCAGGAAGUGGCACCCAAAAGCGCUGCCUCAACCCAGGGAGGAGGUCGCCAGGUGCCUAUGCACGUCGCUAAGGAGCUUCAAGAGCUGCAGCCGCAGUUCCAGAAGAUCCAGCGUGAGUUAGAACAGAUCGAAGCUAAGCUGGCGGCCUACAGUCGGCAAAAGAAGCGUCUGGCUCUCGUCGAGCGCGAGGUGGCCGACCUGCCGGAAGGUACCAAAACGUACCGCAGCAUCGGCAAGAUGUUCCUGCAAACGGACAGCGAGGAGAACGUUGCUACUUUGAAGAACGACGAGAAGCACGUGGACGAGCAGGUGUCGUCCCUUGAGGCACGUAAGAACUACUUGAACCGCCAGAAGCAGUCGGUGCAGGACAACAUCACGGAGCUCCUGGCGCAGUGCACUUAAGUCUACGGCAAUGGAUACACAGUGCAAUGGAGAGUGAUAUUGAAGUGAUCAUGGAGCAAUAGAUACAGCCACUAGCGACGCAGCGACCUCGAUUUUGAGCGUGUAGUAGUUAGGCUUCCUCCUCUUCCUCCUCCGUCGUGAGCUGUCAUAACAAAAGACCCCGUGAGUACAACUCUCCUUUGCGUUAAGAUAAUGCUAACCUCCUUACGCGUUUAUUGAGCUCC